AUGUAGCUGAUCUGGUUUUUGGCAGCUCUUGUCUCUGUUGCCUCGGCCAUUGACUAUAGAUAUAAGCCAUUGGACUGUUCUCAUCAUUACAAAUCAGGAGAAAGGUUUAGUAAGACUUACACCAUCCAUCCAAGCGGUGACCAUCCUCACCAUGUUUUCUGUCACAUGGUAUCAGAUGGCAGAGAUGAAGAUAACGGAGGAUGGACGGUGAUUCAGAAGAGGAUGGACGGCACACUGAACUUCUUUCAGCCUUGGAAGGAGUACAAGAAAGGAUUCGGGAAUGUGGAGGGCGAACACUGGCUGGGUCUGGAGCACAUCCACCACAUGACACGCCACAGGAGGUUUAUUCUAAGAGUGGAUAUGGAGGACUUUCAUGGAAGGAGAGGUUUCGCUCAUUACUCGUCCUUCUCUGUGGGGUCUGAAGAAGACGGCUAUAAACUGCACGUUUCAGGAUUCAGGGAUGGAGGAGCAGGCGACUCUUUGACUCCACAUAAUGAAAUGAAGUUCUCCACCUUUGACAAAGACCAAGAUUUGUAUGACAAGAACUGCGCCAGAGAGUUUCUGGGGGGAUUCUGGUAUAAAAAGUGUCACCAUGCUAACCCCAACGGUGUGUAUUUAUGGGGUCACGAUCGCACCCAUUACGCUAUCGGUGUGUGUUGGUGGAGCUGGGAUCACAAUUACUACAACAGCUUGAAACACAUCACCAUGCGGAUCAAACCUGAAUCCUAGAAACACUAUAAUGUUUGACACAUAAUGCUUAAUAAUCUUUAAUGCAUAGGGUAUGUUUAGAGCUGAGCACUCAGUGUGUAUGUGAACACAUGUGCUUGACACAGUUAAAGUUUGACCUCUGUAAAGUCUCAGUGCUCUCUCUCCAGAAGUUAUAAUGACUUAUAAUGCUGUGUUUAACUUUCCCACAAGCUGUUCAAUGAC